CCGCUGCGUCACUGAAUUUCCAUCGAUGCUCCUUUUAUCGUGUUAUCAGACUAAAUGCGAGCCAACAGCUUCCGACGAGAUUAUCCUUCUCAAGGAGGAAACACUCGUAACUGCUGACGAAGACGAAACAAUGCGAUGGUGAUUUUCGCACGGUCGCGAUCAACAGGUUAAUUCUUCGCCAGCAAAAUCGAGGCGUUUGCUUUAAAGAAGAUCUCUUUCAAAGAAGAUCAACGAACCCCUUGCACGGCUACGAGGCAAUCAUCACCGAAAAGCGUCGACGCUGAACACGCGAGAGAGGCAAAGAAACCAAGCUGAGAUGAGAAUCCAAUCUGCAGCGAAAGGUUCACCCGUGUCUCAGAGAGAACCGAAGGUGAUCGAGAAGAACGAAAAAUCCUACGUUUCAUCGUCGCUGCGGGAGUACAAUGAACCGAGGAGAAGUUGGUCCCUUCCCUCGGUAGAUUGAAAUAGGGACGAUCUAGGACACGAUCAAAAGAAGAGGAAACGGUCAAGUCAGCGAGGGAAGUUACGUUUACGAGAUGGCGACGAGUAGUCCCGGACAAUCGAUACAUCUAAAAUCUCCGCGUAGUCCCCGUCAGUUGCCGCAAUUGCCAACGAUUCCAAUCGGUGGUCAGAGAAGCCCCACGCAGCUCUCUGUGACCAAAUCGCCUUGUACGCCGCUGGUCUUUGAGUUUCCGCCAGAGUGCUAUCCAGAGACGCCCAACGCGAACUUUGACUUCGAGAAGUUUGCCUGUGGCAAUCAGCCCGAAUGCCCGCUCAGAAGCCCGAGCCACUAUGUCCGUCAAGGAUGCAGAAGUCCCAAGAGCCCGAAUCGGGACCUGUUGCACUCUCCAGGCAGAAAAUCCCCGAUAUUUCAAUUCUGCGAGGCAAGGAAGAGCCUGGGGAAGACUAUGAGCUAUCCACCGAAGAGUCCAAUCUCCGGGCCACCUAUGCCACCGAAGAGGUCACCCAGUUCGUCGAGCUUUGGAUCCAAGAGUCCAAAGCCUUUUGAUCAUCGAAGGAAUUCCUGCUUCGGGUUGAGCGGAUCGAAGAGCCCCGUGUCUCCGACGAUCGUCACUCCGUUGUCUCACGGGGUGUCUACCCCGAAGCACUCCGAGGUGAGCCUCGACCACCAGUCGCAGAACAAUGUUAGUUACAAGAACUGUGGAUCGAUGGGCUCAUCGGCGGAAGGGUUGCUCAAGGAGAAGAGCGACAGUCCGAGCGAUAAGAAGAAUUCCAAGAGGACCAGCCACUUUAAUCGAAGCCAGGGCUGCCUGGACGAGGUUGAGAAGAAUCAGAGGAAAGACGACGAUCUCGGUUACGGGAGAAACGAGAGGAAUAUCGCGAGGAGAUCAACCAGCGAUCUAACGGAGAUCGAGGAUGCGGAUACGGAAGUGACUCUGCUGUCCAGUCCUAGGAGAAGAGGCUCGAUGAAGGGCGGUCUUGCCUACCUGGCGUCCAGACGUGGCUCCCGUGACAGUCAAUGCUCCAAUUUGUCGAACGUCAGCAACGAGGACGUGGGUCCGUUGAAUUUCAGCGCGCAUCCCCGCGGCAGACAGCGGAGAACAUCAAACUUCCUUGAGCUACCAGUGCCAGAUCACAUCAGACCACGCGUACACAGUUUACCAGAAAAAGCAUACAACCCGAGAGCCGGUGACGAUCUCUAUCGACUUCGGGCGUUCAGCAUCACCCAUAAAGGCGUCGUUAAUCGGGGCGAUUCGAUUAUUUCGAGACACAGCAGGAGCAACACUUCCGUCAACAGUAGCAGAAACAGCAAUGUGUCGGGGGAAAGAUCGCCGUUCGAGGGUUCGUGUUGCAGCGGACAAGGGGUUGCCGCGGACAGCACAGAAAGCGACGAGAUCGAGGAAGAGAUCCCAAAGUAUCGAGUUGUUUUGCUCGGUGAUUCCGGUGUCGGGAAAACCGCGCUGGUCUCGCAGUUCAUGACCAGCGAGUACAUGAACACGUACGACGCCAGUUUGGACGACGAGUUUGGAGAGAAGACAGUGUCGAUUCUACUUGACGGAGAGGAGUCGGAAAUGGUGUUCAUCGACCAUCCUCACGUGGAGAUGAGCGUGGAGAACUCUUUGUCGACGUACGAGCCCCACGCCUGCAUCGUCGUCUACUCUAUCGUGUCCCCGACGAGCUUCGAGGUAGCCGGGGAGAUAUUGCAUUACUUGUGGAGGGAGCACUACACCCAAGAACGAACCGUUAUCGUCGUUGGCAAUAAGUCCGACCUCGCGAGAAGUCGCACAAUCUCGUCCAACAAGGGAAAGCUGCUGGCGACGUCGAGGGAAUGCAAGUUCAUCGAAACGUCCAGCGGUAUGCAGCACAACGUGGACGAACUUCUGGUGGGUGUCCUGAAGCAGAUUCGGCUUCGCGAGAUGCGCGACAAGAAGCUGAAACGUCAGGGCAGCAAGGGAAAGAUUCUAUCGAAACUUCAUGGCAGCAAGACAGCUGUCAGUUUGAACCUUGCCAGGGAAAUACUGAACAAGAUUUGUAUGAACGACAGCAAGAGCAAGAGCUGCGAGAAUCUGCAUGUGCUCUAAGGACAUCGUGCAGCGGUGAUGAUCGAUUUCCUCUGAGUCGAAUAAAUCUCGAAUCGUUGUAGAUGUUUA